UGGCGGUGGCUACGGCGGCGGCGGCUACGGAGGAGGAGGCGGUGGCUACGGCGGUGGUGGCUACGGCGGCGGCGGCGGCGGCGGCGAUCGUAUGGGCCAGCUUGGCUCUGGUCUCAAGCAGCAGCAGUGGGACCUCGAGACCAUGCCUAAGUUCGAGAAGUCCUUCUACAAGGAGGACCCCGCUGUUGCCGCGCGAUCUGACGAGGAAGUCGAAGCUUUCCGCAAGGAACACCAGAUUGCCAUCAAGGGCACCAACGUCCCCAAACCCGUUACAGAGUUCGACGAGGCUGGUUUCCCCGGCUACGUGAUCAACGAGGUCAAGGCACAGGGCUUCGCCAAGCCUACACCCAUCCAGUGCCAGGGAUGGCCUAUGGCGCUCUCUGGGCGCGAUGUCGUCGGUGUUGCCGAGACUGGUUCCGGAAAGACUCUCACAUACUGCUUGCCUGCUAUCGUUCACAUCAACGCCCAACCUCUCCUCGCACCCGGCGAUGGACCCAUCGUUCUGAUCCUCGCGCCCACUCGUGAGUUGGCUGUACAGAUUCAGACAGAAAUCAGCAAGUUCGGAAAGUCCUCUCGCAUUCGCAACACUUGCGUUUACGGAGGUGUUCCCAAGGGUCCUCAGAUCCGUGACCUCGCACGCGGUGUCGAGGUCUGCAUUGCUACACCCGGUCGUCUUAUCGACAUGCUCGAGGCUGGCAAGACCAACCUGCGCCGUGUCACCUACUUGGUUCUCGACGAGGCUGAUCGUAUGCUUGACAUGGGUUUUGAGCCCCAGAUCCGCAAGAUCAUCGGCCAGAUUCGUCCCGAUCGUCAGACUUGCAUGUGGUCCGCAACAUGGCCCAAGGAAGUCCGCCAGUUGGCCGCCGACUACCAGAACGACUGGAUUCAGGUCAACAUCGGUUCUAUGGACCUUUCUGCCAACCACCGCAUUCAGCAGAUUGUCGAGGUUGUUUCGGAGUUCGAGAAGCGUGACCGCAUGGCCAAGCACCUCGAGACUAUCAUGGACGACAAGAGCAACAAGAUCUUGAUCUUCACAGGUACCAAGCGUGUUGCCGACGAGAUCACACGAUUCCUGCGUCAAGACGGAUGGCCUGCGUUGUCUAUCCACGGUGACAAGCAGCAAAACGAGCGCGAUUGGGUCCUGAACGAGUUCAAGACCGGAAAGAGCCCCAUCAUGGUUGCCACCGACGUGGCUUCCCGUGGUAUCGAUGUUCGCAAUAUCACUCACGUAUUCAACUAUGACUACCCCAACAACUCGGAGGACUACGUCCACCGUAUCGGUCGUACAGGUCGUGCUGGCCAGACUGGUACUGCCAUUACCCUGUUCACCACUGAGAACUCCAAGCAGGCCCGUGAUCUCGUCCAGAUUCUUACGGAGUCUAAGCAGCAGAUCGAUCCUCGUCUGCACGAGAUGUGCCGUUAUGGCGGUGGCGGCGGCGGUGGUGGCCGCUGGGGAGGUGGCCGUGGCCGCGGUGGUGGUCGCGGCGGCGGCGGUCGCGGUAGCUGGACUGGUGGUAACAACGAUCCCGUUCGCAACAGCCGCUGGUAAACGCAAUGACCUGCUCGAUAACACGAUACCCGGCAACGGUUUUCCUCGGGGGUUUGGCGUUUGAUGUAGACCACUUCCUUACCACGUUACGUUUCUUGCACCGACCACAGAGGGCAGAUGUUACGCUUUAUCGGAACACACUGAUACCCAGAAGGAUGCAAGACUGAUGAUCAUGCAUGAACCUCAAGUCGGUAAGAAACUGCGUGUAGACUGGCUUUCCUGCUUUUUCCCAGCACUAUUUAUUUCUGGUCGCUCUUCCGCAAGCGUGCGCGAGAGCCCUCUUGUACUUUGCAUCACGGUGCAUGCGGCGUCCGUUUCAAAAGUUCUAUGUAAUAUGCAUAUAGAAGAAUUGUCGAUAUUCACGAUUUUGCUCCCUGAUGU